UGCCGUUGUAAAGCCCCGACCCACAACGACGCGCGGCCAAGACUGACUCCUAGCGACCUGCCUCUUUUCUCAUCUUUACUACGUAGGCGGAGAUUCAUGCAUCCUACAGACGUACCAGGUGCUCGGGAUCCAUCAAGGUGCAUGCACAGUCCUUUCUUAGCGUCCCACAACAAUAGUAAACAUUUCCCUCACCCCACGGCGGCGUUGAUCGGGUCCCGAACCCAUGAACGCCGGGGACUACUCAUCGGACUCACCUGCCCUGAAAGGAAGAGAUGGACAUUCAUAUAAAAUCCAGCGAUGGCCCCCUCAUGGCUCACGCGCACAUUGAAAGACAUGCGAGCUAGCCAGUCACUUACUGUCGCUAGUUGGUAAAGGAAGGUUUGUCUCUUGCGCACAAGGCUGCAUAUCGGGUGAGCUACUUGCACAAGACCAACAAAAAAAGACAAGCAAAACCCCACCCUCCUUUCGCCCGCAAUGAAGCACCUCAUCGCGUCGGCUCUGCUCCUCAGCAGGGCCGCCUCGCUGCCGAGCACGCUGCCGGUGAGGCUGUCGACGCGCACGGCCCUCAACUCCCGCCUGGCCAACGUGCACGUCGACGUGGACGACAAGCACGCAGUCGGAGAUGCGCCCAUCGACUUCACCUACGGCGCCUGCGACUCGUCCUCGCGCGGCGAGGCGCACCACACGGUCGGCAGGACCGAGAGUCCCGCGCAGGCCGUCGACCGGCUCGUCUGGACGAGCCCCGAGGACGUGGCGUCGGGCGGGUGCAUAUCGGCGUGGGCGGGCGGUGAGCAGCAGCUGCUGGUGGGCCGCAGCGCGCCGCAGACCUUUGACCACGCGGCCAUGCGCCGGCGCGACGUGCUGACCCGGCGCGCGCUCGACCCCGUGCGCAUGGACGCGUCCAGCGGCAUCGACGCCAACGGGCCGUGGUUCGACGGCGUCAAGCUGCUCGAGGGCCGCAACGUGAGCGCCGUCGACGCGGAGGCCGCCAAGGGGAGGCGCAUCGCCAUCGCCGGCGCGGGCAUGGCGGGCCUCAUGUCGCACCUGGUCCUGUCGCAGGCCGGGUUCACGAACCUGGAUCUGAUCGAGGGCAGCGACCGCAUCGGCGGGCGCGUGCAGACGGAGUACCUCUCCGGAGGGCCGUUUGACUAUUCGUACCAGGAGAUGGGGCCGAUGCGGUUCCCGCACCAGAUCGCCAUCGAGGGAGAGCUGUACAACAUUUCGGACCACCAGCUCGUCUUCCAGCUGGCCGACGAGAUGAACCGCCUCAAUGCCGACGCGAACAAGGAGCUCGACGUUUCCUUCAUCCCCUGGAUCCAGUCCUCGCAGAACGGCCUCGGCUACUUUGACGGCUUCAAGCUCCCGUCCGGACUGCCGCCCACCGUGGCCCAGAUGGCAGCGGAUCCAUCGCUGGGGCCACCUGCGGCACAGCUGGACGCCGAGGCCCUUGCCGCCUUGGCCAAGUUCAGCGAGGUGCUCGGGAGCAACGACUUGCUCAAGCUGAUUGCAAAAAACUCUUUCAAGGCCUACAAGAACUGGAUCAAGGAUGGCCUCGGCGGACUUCCCGGUGAUCAAUGGAGUAUCUACGCCUACUUCAAGCACCACCUAGAGGCAUCCCUGAACGCCACCGACGCCGUCCUCCCCUCCUUCUUUGGCAGCUCCAGCGGCACCUUUUGGUCCACACUCUACGAAAGCGUCUACUUCUCGUCCAGCAGCUGGAAGACCAUCGACGGCGGUCUGAGCCGGCUGCCAAAGUCUUUCGCCCCGCACGUGGAAAAGGACCUGCAGCUCAACCGCAAGAUCGAGCGCGUCAGCUUCUCGGAGGAGAACAAGGAGGUCACGCUGCAGUGGAAGGGUGCGGGAGGCGAGCUGCAGAGUGCAUCCUACGACUACGCCGUCAUGGCCGUCCCGUUUGUCGUCAUGGCCAACUGGAGGCUUCCGAAGCUUGGAUCCACCCUCGAAAAUGCCAUCCGAACCUUGCCAUCUGUUCCCGCCUGCAAGAUAGCACUCGAGUACAAGACGCGGUUCUGGGAAAAGUUUGAGAACCCCAUCUAUGGUGGCUGCUCGACAACGACAGACAUCCCUGGCUUCGAAUCGGUUUGCUAUCCAUCCUACAACCUCAACGGCACCGGUCCGGCCUCAAUCCUGGCGUCCUACAACUUUGAAAGGACGUCACUGCACCAGGGCUCGCUCUCGGAGGAGGAGCACGUACAAAAGGCCGUCGACAUCAUGGUCGAGAUACACGGCGACGUGGCGCGCGAGCAGUACACGGGCAACUUCCGCAGAGUCUGUUCACACCACAAUGAGUUUCGCAUCGGGGCCUACACGAGUCCGAUGGCGGGACAGAUGGAGCUGUACAUUCCCGAGUACUUCAAGACUCACAGCAACAUGAUCUUUGUCGGAGAACACACUUCGUAUACUCACGCCUGGGUUGCUUCGGCGCUCGAGUCUGGCAUUCGUGGAUCGGUGCAGCUCAUGCUCGAGCUUGGACUCGUCGACGAGGCAAAGGCUGCCGUCGACAAGUGGAUGGCUCGGUGGAUAGAUGUGUAAAAAAAAGAAAGCACUAAAGACGUGUUGGACAUAGGCGGGUUGAGAUGCCUGAACGGAGUAAUGAUACUGCUGCGCCUCGUCACCAAAGGGUAAAGGAGCACUCAGCAGUUCUUGGCGAGCUCGAUGGAAGGUUUGAACCCUUGAAGAAUUCUAAGGGUCUGCCGAUAAGUGAAAGCCCAGGACAGGGAUGCAUGCAGGUCGCGGUCGGAAUUUUACUGCAGCUACUGAGCGGAACCACUAAUGUUGACAUGAAAAUGUGCAGCCAAGUUGCACAACCGAAUAGACGACUAGAUACAUGUCCUCUGUAUUGCGUCUCGACUGCGCGCAUUACAAUUCGAGAUGUGCGGUGAACUAAAAACUUGUGGUUGAUUCGGAAGGAUGAACUGAAAUGGCUGCUUAUUGAAGGGUUCAUUCAGGUCAGUGUACUGUACUGAACUCACUGUACUCAAACCCCAAGAGCAAGGAGCGGCCGUCAGAUUGUUGGGUUGCUUCCCUGCUGCCCUGUAAUUUAUUGCCUGCCAGGGAUCCCAGAACCCCGACGGGGCGGCCUUACCGUAAAUACAGUAAGCUGCCAAGGCCCGGCGGACAAUGGACUGAACGGGGAGUUUCCACCCUCAUAUAAGAUAAACCUGGGGGCUCGCUUUUACACCCAUGUCCUUUAGACUCGCCCCAAGUAUUUUGUUUUCUACGGUACAUACUUUGUAAUGGAAUAGCAAAUCUUAAAAAGCUACAAGACAAAAGCCCCGUGCGGACAAAAAGAGACCUGUCCUGAUUUGCGACCGCGACGAUAACGGAUAAGCACCGAAUUGUUGGGCCC